GCGGCCAGUGGCGGUGGAGCCGGAGCGGGGGUGGCGGUGCCGGUACCGGUGCGGCGGGCGCAAAGCGAAGCGGGAUGCGGGCGGCCCACGGGCUCUGGGCGGCGCUGGCCCUGCUCCUGCUGCCGGCCGGCAGCCGGGCCCUACGCGACGGGGAGUGCGAGGUGUGUGUUACAUUCCUGGGACGGUUCUAUCAGAGUCUAAAAGACAACGAUGUUGAGUUCACACCUGCCAGUAUUGAAAAGGAGCUCUUGAAAUCCUGCAAAGAAGCAAAAGGGAAAGAGAACCGCCUGUGCUAUUAUGUUGGGGCCACAAGUGAUGCAGCCACCAAAAUCAUUAAUGAGGUAUCAAAGCCCAUGAGUCAUCACAUCCCCGUGGAAAAGAUCUGUGAGAAACUAAAGAAGAAAGACAGUCAGAUCUGUGAACUAAAAUACGACAAGCAGAUCGACCUGAGCACCGCCGACCUGCGCAAGCUGCGCGUUAAGGAGCUGCGGCGGAUCCUCGACGAUUGGGGCGAGGCGUGCAAGGGCUGCGCAGAGAAGUCCGACUUCAUCCGCAGGAUCCACGAACUGAUGCCCAAGUACGCGCCGCGGGCCGCCGGCGCCCGCGCAGACCUCUGAGGGGAUGGGAGGGGACGGGACGGGACGGGACGGGACGGGCGCUGCUGAGGGCACUGCGGCUGCAGCGGGAGCGGCGCUGGAGCGGCCGUGGCGCGCGCCCCCGGCGGCGGUAGCUGAGGCGGCGCGCGCUGUACGCGACGUUUAUUAAAGUUCAACGGUCUGUACCGGG